AUGGACUACAGUAGACCUGCUCCUCCACAAGGCCCGCCGCCGACGUAUGCAUUCGUGACGAGGUACUAUAAACGUACACUAAGGCCUCGCAUUCCUCGGUGCACUAUGGUCGCUCUUCUCAUUGGUUUCUUCCGUGCAAUCAACAUUGAAAAAGCAGAACACCCCCAACUGUCAACAUUCUCCAUUGCGCUGGGCGCACUGUAUAUGGCCGUUUGUGUCAUUGAAAUAAUAGGCGUUGUUGGAUCGGCUAUGCAAAAACUAGCUCUUGUCAGAAUUUAUGCCCUCGCCUCCGUGCUGGCCUUUGUCAUCGUUCUUGCCGCCGGUAUCAUGCGUAUUGUCAUACACUUCCAGUUCAAGGACGUCUUGAUCAAGGAGUGCUCGGAUUCGACUAACGGUCGAACAAUUGUAUUCCGUUAUGGAUUGUUCGGACCAAUCACCAGCGAUACUAUCAACCCAGAGGAGGCAGAUCGAUGGUGUCGACGUGCUUGGGAUCGCGAUUCUUGGGGAGAGAUAGUCUCACUCCUCAUCAUACUUUUCCUUGCCGGCAUGUUCGCCUCGAUCGCAUUCGCGUAUUAUCGACAGGUACUGGACCCGUCGAGUCCAGCAAACGCCUCCCGUGCCCCGUCAAGCCAAGUUCGUGCUGCCGGCUACCCCACAUACUACAACCCCCCGUACAAUGCCUCCGCCGUUCCCAACCUAGGCUAUUCUCAACCUCCUCAGCAAUACCCACCUCCACCAGGGCCACCCCCACAACACCGUGACGAAACCUUUGUACCACCGUAUGAUGGCAAGCCCCCGGGGUACGGUGCGGGCGACAGCGGUGACUUCAUCGGUGGAAAGGACGAUAAAGAAAACCCGUUCGCGGAUUUUGAUGAGCGGGACGUCACGAGUCGACCAGGACCGGGUGGAAGGGACGCUUUCUGA